UUUCUGGAAGAAUCUGAAGAAGUACAAAACAUAAAAUGGUCAACUUUGUACUACAGAUCGUUCGUGCUUUUUCUGCUGUUCUGUUGCUGGCUCUUUCACUUGGUGCUUUUGAUCACGCUGACGCCAGACCGUCGUUUUUCGCGGGUGGAAGUGGAAAGGUCAAUUGUUCAACUAUAGAGGCACAAAUCCUUGCUCAAGCACCCGUAACUGUGACUGAGCCGAAGUCGUAUACUGAGAGCGUCAGAUCUCUUGUUGUAUGCAACAGAAUUAUAACUUACCAUACUUGUAGGCGAGCUAAAAGCUGUGGAAACCUAGCGGAGGUGAAGGCAAUGUACGACUUUUCCGAUUGUUUUCCAAAAAGAGUUAUGGAGAACCCCGUAUGCGGAUUCCCCAUAAGCUGUUGCUAAAAAGAAGUAGAUCAAGUUGAAAAAAAAAUGUCCAGAAGAUACAUUACAGAUGUGACUUUAAAUGCAUGGAUCUUAAAC